AUGCCUACCGACGCCCUCCUCCGCCCCGCCGCACUUCACCAGUUUACCUCAAACUCGGCUUACGACGAGCGCAUGUCACCCUCGGCCCGUGAGCGCUGGUCGCCGACCUCGAGUGACAGCGGUGACGACGAGUCGACCGACGCGCGUGACGAGGACGAGCUCAACAACGCCCCCAUGGCACCGGCUCCUGCCCCGGCUGCUGUAGCCCGCCCCUCGGGAGGCUUCCCCCUCCGCGCCAUGCGCCAGCCUUCGCCGCCUCGCUCGUCGCCCAUGUCUCCUCUGGCUGCCGGGCCGCGUCCUCAGAUGCCCCGUCGCCUUUCACCCCUCGCGCCCAUGGGUUCCGGUGCCGCGCCGUCGCCAUCAGCACCUCGGCCCCAGCUGAGCCUCCCCAAGGGCCAGCCCCUCGCUCGUUCGCUCCUCAACCGCGCGGUCAACGGCGCGUCCCAGCCUCAGCGUCCCAAGAAGACGACCAAGCUCAUUGUCGCCACGAAGCCUAUGCGGACGACAUUCCAGCUCUCGCUCAGCGCCGAGGAACUUGCUCGCAAGUCGUAA